GAGGCGGGGUACACCCGGCCGGUCGUCCACAAGCCGCCCGCGCCGAGCCAGACCGGGGCGGCAGGCGAGCGAGAGUGACGGGGCGGGGUUCGCCGGGGCAGCUGCGUGCGGUGCGUUGCGGCGCCGGGAGCGCGCGCGGCGUCUGGUGCGGGCUCGGCCCGUGAGAGGAGACAGGUGGUGCAGAGGCACGCGGCCGGCGGUGUCAGCGCCCCCGGACAUCUGCGCUGCCUCCUCCAGGAGACUCCCACCGUGGUGUAGCGGAGACCGCAGUGCGAACGAGAUCCAACUGGGGUCUCACGAACGGUUCUGAGCUUCGCCCGGCAGCCAGAGAUCGCCACGGCGGAUUCUCACCUCGCGUGGGGCAAGCGUCUUUGUUCUCACGCCAAGCCACUUCGACGGGAGCCCAUUGCGAAGAUCCGACGCUCAGCACGGUAUCAAAGGCCUCGCUAUGGUCGACUACUACCGCAUCCUGGAGGUGCCCCGGAACGCUUCGGCAGAGCACAUAAAAAAGGCAUACCGCAAGUUGGCGCUGCAGUGGCACCCCGACAAGAACCUGAACAACAAAGAGGCCGCCACUAUCCGGUUCAAGGAGAUCUCAGAGGCGUACGAGGUGCUGUCGGACGAGAAAAAGCGGAAGGUCUACGACCGCUUCGGCAAGGAGGGCCUGAAGAACGGCGCCACGUCCAGCCACCACCAUGCACCGCAUGGCUUCCCCGAGCCCGACCUGGGCUUCAUGUUCGGCGGCUUCAGCUUCCGCGACCCUGAGGACGUGUUCCGCGAGUUCUUCGGCGGCGACCCGUUCGCCGACUUCUUUGAUGACUUCUUCUCGUCAGGCACGAUGGAGCCGCUGGGCGGCGUGGGGCCGCACCGGAGCCGCCACAGCCGCAGCCGCAGCCGGCACCAUCCGGCGGCGCCGGCGCCCGCCCACCAGCUGCUGGCGUCGCCGCUCUUCUUCUCGCCGCUCGGCUUCACAGGCCUGGGCAGCAUGAUGUCCUCCUUCGCCGCCAUCGACGCCGUGAUGGACGGUCGCGGCGGCCACGCCGGCCUGGCGCACGGCGCGCUGGCGCACCACGGCCUGGCGCACCACGGUGGCCUGGCGCAGCACGGCUUCGUGUCGUCGACGAGCUUCAGCAGUCUGGGCUCGCCCGGCGCCGGAGUCAAACGCACGUCCACCAGCACCAAGUUCGUCAACGGCAAGAAGAUCACCACGCGGCGGGUAUACGAGAACGGACGGGAGACGGUGGACACGUACGAGAACGACGUCCUCAAGCAACACACCAUAAACGGGGUGCCGCAGCAGCUAGCGUACUCACGAUAGGAGCCGGGACCGCGGGCGGCGCCCCAGCCCUCCCCGCGCCCCCGGCCCGCUCGGCCGCGGUAGGAGCCGGGACCGCGGGCUGCGCCCCACCCCCGCGCCCCCGGCCCACCCGACCAGGACCUCAGUGACGGCGCACGUGGCCAGCCGUAAUGAGGUCACGGUACGCCAUCGAUGGUGCCGGCCCGGUCUCGUCACGUGGCAUGCCCGAGCUUUCAGCGUGUCGUGGAGGGGCGCCAGUAGCGCGCGCCCGUUUGUGUUCGAUAUCGUCGCGCGGCGCCGCGCGGCCGCAGCCGGCGACCAUUCCUGGAGGGUCUGUGUAACACAUAGAACAGUUUACUUUGACCUUGUUCACAAACACUGUGUUCGGAAAUAAUACAUAAUCCUCGAUUCGUCCGCGCCGGGCC